AUGGCCUCGGUGACGAUUCCAGCGAGCACUGUCGAGCAUCUGCCGCUCACGCUCUCCGGCUCUGAGAGCCAAAAGACGGCCGACAUUUCUACCUUGGAGCUCAAGGACAAUGAAAAGACGAGCCUGUUGCUCCGAACGUUCAGAUGCCUCAUCGCAGACCUAUGUGAGCAGUUCAAGGGCGGCCAUCCAGGGAGCGCCAUGGGCAUGGCUGCCAUUGGUGUGGCAUUGUGGAAAUAUGUGAUGCGAUAUUCUCCAGAAAAUCCAAACUUCUUCAACCGCGACAGAUUUGUGCUAUCGAAUGGUCACUGCUGUCUAUGGCAGUAUAGUUUCAUGCAUUUAGUGGGAUACAAGAACAUGACCAUUGACCAGUUGAAAUCAUAUCACUCGAAACGCACCGACUCUCUUUGCCCCGGACACCCUGAAAUCGAACACGAAGGCAUCGAGGUGACGACAGGUCCUUUGGGCCAAGGUAUCGCAAACGCGGUCGGAUUGGCCAUGGCCACAAAGCACCUGGCCGCAACAUAUAAUAAGCCCGGUUUCGAGCUGGUCAACAACAAGACAUGGUGUAUGAUUGGGGAUGCCUGUUUACAAGAGGGAGUAGGACUCGAAGCCAUCUCUCUUGCCGGCCAUUUCCGGCUCAACAACCUGAUUGUCGUCUACGACAACAACCAAAUCACCUGCGACGGCUCCGUGGAUCUCACCAACACGGAAGAUGUCAAUGCCAAAAUGGUGGCGUGCGGCUGGAAGGUCAUCGACGUGCUCGACGGAAACCACGACGUUGAGGGUAUCGUGUCGGCCCUCGUCGAGGCGCGGGCCAGCACGGACAGGCCCGUCUUUAUCAAUAUUCGCACAGUCAUUGGCAUCGGCAGCAAGGUUGCGGGCGACGCCAAGGCGCACGGCGCUGCCUUUGGCCCCGAGGACGUGGCUAACAUCAAGAAGAAUUCGGGUUUCGACGCGCAGCAAUUCUUCCACAUCCCCCAAGAGGUAUACGACUACUUUGCAUCCGUGAGGGGCCAGGGACGUCAGUUUGAGGCCGAGUGGGAUCAGGUGGUCUCGGCCUACAGCAAAGAAUACCCUGAGCUCGCGGCCGAGUUUGCCUGUCGUGUGCGGGGAGACUUCCCAAAGGACUGGGCCGAUAUCAUUCCCAAGAAGGAGGACUUCCCUACGACGCCUACACCGUCGAGGAAGUCGGCAGGACUCGUCUGCAACCCCCUAGCUGCAAAGCUCAACAACUUCAUGGUUGGCACGGCCGACUUGUCGCCGUCUGUCAACAUGGCAUGGAAUGGCAAGGUUGAUUUUCAAAAUCCUGAUCUUCGACCAUCAUGUGGUAUUUCGGGCGAAUACACUGGCCGCUAUAUCCAUUGGGGUGUCCGUGAGCACGCCAUGGCAUCGAUUUCCAAUGGUCUAGCAGCCUUCAACAAGGGUACAAUUCUGCCAGUCACAUCAUCGUUCUUCAUGUUCUAUAUUUACGCUGCUCCCGGCGUCCGCAUGGGUGCGCUUCAACGGCUGCAGAGUAUUCACAUUGCUACCCAUGACAGUAUUGGUACUGGCGAGGAUGGCCCAACUCACCAGCCCAUCGAGCUUGCGGCACUCUACCGCGCCAUGCCGAACCUCCAAUACAUCAGACCUUGCGACAGUGAGGAGACGGCCGGUGCCUUCAUCGCCGCGCUCUCGGCUAGGGAAACACCGACAAUCAUCUCGCUGUCCCGACAAAACUUGCAACAGUACCCCCAGCACUCCUCGCGCGAGGGCGUACUCAAGGGCGCCUACGUCUUGAUCGAGGAGCAAGACGCCGACGUCACCUUGAUUGGCGUGGGCGCCGAAAUGGUUUUUGCCGUCGAGGCGCGAAACGUCCUCAAGCAGCAAGGGGUCAAGGCCCGCGUCGUCAGUUUCCCUUGCCACCGUCUCUUUGAGAAGCAGAACCUGGAGUACAAGGCCCAGGUCCUGCAGUACCGUGCGGGCAUCCCGCGCGUCGCCAUAGAGGCCUACGCGGCCAUGGGCUGGGAGCGCUACGCCGAUGCGGGCUACUCCAUGAGCACCGACCGGUUCGGUCACUCGCUCCCCGGUGCCGAGGCGUACGAGUAUUUUGGUUUCAACCCGACAAAGAUUGCUACAGAGGUCCAGAGCUUUGUUGCCGAGUGGAAGCAGCGGGGCCCCGAGGCCUUCAGAGGAGAGUUUCGGGAUUUGAACAAGACGCAUCCAUCGCACUGA